CGCUCCAGGCAGUCCUGUGAGCUCCGGCCGCCCCGCUGCCAGUCGACACUACGCCUGCCCAAUUGCCGCUAAUGACACCAUUCGAACGCGUAUCCGUUCAAUGUACUCCGAAGUCAACAGGGAUCAUACAGUUUGUGCUCCGACACGAUCUGAAACAUAUCAUUAAACUGCUCCGAGAAUUUUUUCAAAUCAGUGCUAUGCCGUGAUCCCUGGAGGACGUACCGAAAAUGAUCGCGGAAAGGUGUGGAGAGACGAGAAUGCGCCCCGCGGGAGGACGUGCGAAAAACGGGACGGCUCAUUCGAAUGAUAACUAUGAUUGAUUGGACUUUAACUGUUGAACAACAGCCUAACGUGAUGAAUGGAAUAAACGCAUCCGCUGGGAAACCGGCGGCCGUGGAAACGGGGAAAGACGAAGCGAAAAUUAAAAGGUCCGGCGUCAGAGAGAAAUUGAUGCAGAUCAGAUCGAACAUUACGGUGGAACCGAUUAUUGCGUGUUACAUUAUGUCUAAUGUGUUCUCGGGACUUGCAGUGCAAAAUCUGAAUUUAGAGAAGGCGUGCCGAGUGAACUUGGGUUAUAGCGAUGAAGUGUGUUCAGCACUGAAUAGACGGCAGACUGAGAAUUACACGAUGGAGGAAGCAGAGGUCCAGAAACUCACGGCAUCCGUGCAAGCGUGGAAGAAUAUUGUACAAACAGCAUUUCCGUGCAUUCUCGUGUUAUUUGUAGGCUCUUGGAGUGACAAGACUGGAAAGAGAAAAGCGUGCAUAUUACUCCCGAUCGUAGGGGAAGUACUCUGUUGUACUAGUUUUAUUUUGAACACGUAUUUCUUCUAUGAAUUACCGUUGGAGAUAACGGCCCUAUCGGAUUUAUUUCCGUCAUUAACAGGAGGCUGGAUAACUGUGUGCGUCGGUGUGUUCAGCUACAUUGGAGAUGUGACUACGAAAGAAAUGAGGACAUUCAGGGUGGGCGUGGCGAAUCUCUGCAUGUCCCUGGGGAUUCCGCUCGGUAUGUCCCUGAGCGGUAUACUACUCCAGAAGAUUGGUUACUACGGGAUAUUUUUGAUAUCGAAUUUUCUGUAUUUGACCAGUUUCAUUUACGGCUGCAUUCGGUUAAAAGAUCCCGUAAUAUCGGAAGGGAGGCACACGGAGCAACCGGUUGGUUGUCGCGGAUGGAUAUGUUCAUUCUUUGACGCCCGCCACGUGAGGGAGACGCUGACGGUGGCUUUCAGAACCGGCCCACGGCGGAGAAGACUUAGGGUCUCGCUGUUAAUUGUUGUCGUAUGCGUUAUAUUUGGGCCUUUACACGGUGAAAUGAAUGUUUUGUAUUUAUUCAUGAGGUACAGAUUUAAUUGGGACGAGGUACAAUUCAGUAUGUUCUGCACGUAUAGCAUCAUCACCAAUUUAGUGGGUACAUUGUUCUCAAUCAGCAUAUUCAGUGACUUCAUGAAGCUGGACGACACUGUAGUGGGCAUCAUCUCUUGCACUAGCAAGAUCUUCGCGUCUCUGGUCUUCGCUUUCGCCACGACCACUGCUGAGAUUUACAUAGCUCCAUUGGUAGAGAUAUUCAAUGGUACAUCGUUCAUAGCAAUGCGAUCAAUAGCGUCAAAGUUAGUGACGAGUGAGGAGCUGGGCAAGGUGAAUUCUCUGUUCGGUCUGGCGGAGGCGAUGAUGCCGCUGGUCUAUGGACCGCUCUACUCCCGCGUCUACAUGGCGACGCUCAACGUGCUUCCAGGCGCCGUCUUCCUGCUCGGAGCCGCCAUGACCGUACCGGCUGUAGCUAUUUUCGGAUGGAUGUACUUCGAGCACCAGCUCGACAACAAACAAGUCGAAGAAAUUGACGAUGUCAAUAAAGACGUUUAGUUAUAUAACCGGACUAUUCAGCAUUUAUAAUUGUGAAUGUGCAGUGUGUUUAGAGUGUGACUAAAAUAAAGUAAUAAAAUAUU